AUGGUCAAGGGGACCUCCCUCCGUCCCCUUCCCUCUCGGCCCGUUUUCUCGCCUAGCACUUCCCGGUCCGCCCUGCCUUCCCAUUCCGCAGGCGAGAAAGCGCAACUGGCCGGGCUGGGCGCUGGUGCGGGAGCCAUGGCUGCCCAGGGCUCCAGGAAGAGGCUCCGGGAAGAAGUCACCUGCGCCAUCUGCUUGGACUUCUUCACCGAGCCGGUGAUCCUGGAGUGCGGCCACAAUUUCUGCCAGGCUUGCAUAGCGGGGAGCUGGGGGGCGGGGGUCCCUCUCUGCCCCCACUGCCGGGUGGCCAUCCAGCCGAGGAGCUGGAAGCUCAACAGGCAGCUGGCCAAGGUGACGGACAUCGCCAAAGACCUGGCGGGGGAAGCCGGGCGCAGCUGCCGGACCCACCGGGAGCCCCUGAAGCUCUUCUGCAAGGACGACGGAGCCCCCAUCUGCGUGGUCUGCGACAGAUCCAAGGAGCACCGCGACCACAGCGUCCUUCCCUUGGAAGAAGCCGCCCAGGAGUACCAGGUUCAGAUUUGUAGUUGUCUGGAAAAUCUGAGAACAGAGAGAGAGAAAAUCCUGGCAUACAAAACAGAGACAGAAAAAGAAAGUGAAGACCUGCUUAAACAAACUGAAGCAGAGAAACAAAAGAUGGUGGCUGGGUUCAGUGCACUGUGGCAGUUUCUCAAAAAACAAGAAAACUCGCUGCUGGCCCAAAUGAAAGGAGUGGAGGAGGAGAUUGUAAAGAACAGGGAUAAGCACCUGGCCAGCAUCUCUGAGGAACUAUCUUCCCUUGAUGAUAUCAUCCAGGAGUUGGAGGAGAAGUGCCAGCAGACAGCAAGCGAACUCUUGCAGGAUGUUACAAGUACCAUGCGGAGGUGUGAGCAGAAGGAGAAGUAUGAGAAUCUGAUCGCUUUCCCUCCUGCACUGAAAUGGAAAGUCUGGGAAUUCUGUGGCAUCGUUCCUGCUCUGAAAAAUAUCAUGAAGAAAUUGAAAGAUACUGUGCCACAGGAGUACCAGCUACGUAAAGCAAAUGUGACUCUGGAUCCAGACACAGCCAAUCCUCAGCUCCUCAUAUCGAAUGACCGGAAACGCUUGACACUGAGAAACAAACGGCUGGCUCAGCCCAUUAGCUGUAGGACAUUCAAUUACCAGCAACAUGUACGGGGCAAAGGGUGUCUUACAUCAAAGAUGUACUACUGGGAUGUGGAGGUGGGGAGCAAAGAAGGGUGGGCAGUGGGCAUCUUUAGUGCAUGCAUAGACAUUAAAAGAAAUGAAUCCCCAGGGCCUGAGACAGGUGUCUGGGCGAUUGGGAAGUGGAAUAGGCGGUACCGGGUUGUCACCUACCCCAACUAUCCUCCUCUGCAUCUAAAAGGGGAACCCAAAAGGAUCCGGGUGUUUCUGAACUUCAUGGGGAAACAGGUGUCUUUUUUUGAUGCUGAUACAACAGCCUUGCUCCAUGAAGCCUCAAUAGUAGACUCAUCCUGGCUGGGAUUCUACCCUUUGUUUUGUCUUUGGAAGAAAUCUCAUCUCAGGAUCUGUCCAUGA